UUCAUGCCCACCCCUUAGUCAAAUACUUGUCCUUUAACGACUGGGCUGAACUGAUUUAUGUGUACCGGCACAAACGAAACGAGUUCGUCGAUACAUUGAAUAGGAUGUCGAGGGAGACUACUACCGUGGUUGAAGCGAUUAGGGUGGAGGAUAGGACAUUGAAUGUGAGCAUCAUUAAUGCGGAAGUAAAGUUUGUGAAGAUCUGGGGUGCAGACUCGCAAUUCCACAGAGAGAAGGAGGUGCGCAGUGUGGUGGUAGCCGAUGAGGUAGCUUUGGAAGAUGAAGAGGAUGAGAUGACUGAGGAGGAGAAAGAAUACCUGAGGAUGAAGGAUGCCGAGUUGGCCAGGACAAAAGCGGGUCUCGUAACUAGUAAGAGGAAAUCGUUUACGGAUACAAGGAGGAAUGCGUUCCUUCCCCUUGCCUCUCCCAGAUGGAUUGAGACGAUGUCCACGGUUUUCUCUGGCAAGAUCUGGUCCCUGGAGACCUUCAACUAUCUUGCACCGUUAGAUCAGAGGGGGUACAGAUUGUUAGCAUCUCUCACACAAGAUGAGAUGAAGGCUGCGUAUGAGAGAGCUCUGGAGAUGAACACGUCCCCGCCGGAUGUCAGAUUCCCGUUCAAUGGGGAUGGGAAUGCGCCGAGCCCGAGGGCAAAAGUGUCCUCUCUGAUCAAAUGCCUCUCCACUUGCUGGAAGCCCUUGAUGCUGACGUCUUUGGCUUUUGGAUGCGUAAGAGAGAUCAUGAUGCUUCUUACCAAGAAGGUCAUUGCAAAUCCCGCCCUGACGGCUGGUUCAGUGUUAGUCAGUGUGAAUGGCGCCGAUCGUAAGGCGUUCAAGGAGUGCGCUAAGCUGUUACUGAUGAGAUACACACCGUUAUCGGGCUCGGCGUAUCUGCGAUUCGCCAAUACGAAGACGACUCUCGGCUCGGGCGUCAUGUUUCUGACAAAUGGCCCGGGAGGGAACAACACAGGGACGUAUGGAAAUAGUGGUGGGAAUUACAGCGGAGCCAGCUACGGCGACGGCAGGGGCAGUACGCUUGCAAAUGGAGGUACGGGUGGUGGAGGGGGAAACUACGGCGCGGUUGGGAACGGUGGAGGAGGGCCGGGCGGAGUGUGUUAUAACUGCGGUAAGCCCGGUCACUUUGCGCGCGAUUGCUGGGCGCGCCGCGGUAGACCCUACCAGCAGAACCUGGGUGAUCCUGAACUGGAGGAGAUCAAGGAGCACCAUCGACGAGCUAGGAAGGAGCGCCUCGAGCAGGAGGAAAAGAAGAGGAUCGAGGAGGAGAAAAGAACGAAAGAAGAAGAAGAGAAUCGUAGAAAUCAAGAUUUCGCACGAAAGAUGGAAGAAUUCAAGCUGCAACUGCGAGUUGAUCUAAACGAAGAAUGGCACAAGAAGAACGCCGAAGCUGAGAAAGCCAUGUCCAAAGCUAAGAAGAAGACGGUGAGGCUGAACCAAGCACUGCGAUCGAAGAAAAGCAAAGGGAAGGGACGAAGGAUGAAGAGAAAGCAUUAUGUCCUCACUAGCGAGGACUCUACGACGGAUGAGGCAUCAGACUCGGAGGAGUCUAGUUCCCUGUUUAGUGAGUCCAGUGAGGAACGGACGUGCGUGAGGGUGACCAAGGGGAAAGGGAAGCGACAUAGUAAAGGGAAGUCGAAGCAGGGAAACGGUAAGGAGAACCGAAAUUCUCCGCCAAAGAAGACCACACCGAGGAGAUACGAGGCGGGCGAAUGCUCAAAAAGGGAACGAGUCCUGGAAAAAGGGAGUGGCUUGCGGGUUAAUGGAGUUGGCAGGAUAGAGAAAUCGGAUGAGGAAGCAGAACCGAAGACACCGCUGGCGGGGGGUUACAAAGGAUUAUCUGCAGAGUGUUCGCAGAAGGGCUUAAUAGACUAUUGUAUCUCUGGUCAUAAAAUUUAUUCAGCUAAGAAAGCGCAUGCUCUGAGGAGGAUUUGCGAUAGGAAGGGUAUUAAGUACACAACGAAACCGGAAGUAGUAGAGUUACUUGCGAGGCAACAGGUGGAAUUAGCCUACGAAGGAUUCGAAGAGGGUAUGGGCAAGGGGAAAGAGGUGUUGGAAGAGCAAGUGGUCUCACCAAAGGCUUACGUCAACAGAAGUAAGACUGUGCGGGUUUCUCCAGCGGCUCGAAGGCCGAGGGUAAUUCUGAAAUCGGAGCUUCGAAGGGAGAGCAUAACGGGUGAGAUAGCUAGGAAGGUAGAAAGUGCAAUCUCGACGACGACUUUGCUCUUAGCCGCCCAGGGACAGAUACCUUGGCUGCAGAAGUACAUUGCUAGGGCGGGGGAUCUGUCGGAAAUGCUGGCCUUGGACACGCCAGGGGUGUACGCAGUCGUGAGCCCUUGGGCCCGGAAGACGUACGUGGGGUGCAUGGUUCGCCCGAUUAUCCAGCGGUGGAGGGAACACUGCCGCAACGCAUCUAAUAAUGCGUUGGGGCUAGCUCCGCAUCUGUAUCGAUGGUUACGGGCAUACGGUCUAGACAAAUACGUGGUUAUUCCAUUACGGCACAGGGGGAAAGAGGAUGACUUUGUGUUUGAGAAGUUUUUGAUCUCAGAUUUCUGCCCGAGUCUGAACUCCCGGGACUUGAAUUUGAAAAAGGAAGGUAGGAGGAAGCUCAGGAAGGGGAGGAGGGAGAGGAUCGGGAGAUCUCGUAAGACGAAGACGGAGGAAACUGUGAUUUUUCGUGACGGCGAUUCGAGUUUUGUGUCGCUAAUCGGGUGGCUGAACGCGCAUCGAGAGGACCGCACGGUGAGGGCGAUCGAGGUAGGCAAGGGUACGAACUGGGUGGACGGUUGGCGGAAGAUCAAGCGGGUUUUUGGCGGAACCAUGGUAAGGGUCAGCGGUAUCGUGUCAUCACUGAAGACGGUGAAGAGGCAGAUGCAGCUAGGGACACAACUUGAGUUCCUGCGGAUUGUGAAGACGAAGACAACUACGGAGAAGAAUAAAGCUUUCUUGGCGGGGCUUGUUCGAAGACCGAGGCCUAUUUCGCAACUAUCUUGCUUCACGACGAACAAGUUGAUAGGCCUAUAUCGGGCGGCGGGACUUUUUACUGAGAAAAAGACCAAGCAGCUGCUGCGGCUCAGGAUCGAUCGAGCGGUGCACAGAAAGACAGGCGUAAGCAUUAGAAAGCAGAUUAACAUCAAGGUUCCGUAUGCCUCCAAUAUUAGAAAGAACGUCAUCAAGAGCAUUGCCGAAGGAAUGGUCAGCAAAAGGCUACCGGACACUGUACUGGCGGACUUCGUGAAGACCCGCAUUCGGGUGGUAUGGACACGCAACAAAUCGGUCAGCGAACUCAUAUGGAACCACAAACAGUAUGCGGGGGAUGCCGAGGUGGUCUGCUGCUGUGAUCACUUCUCACUUCCGAAGGUCGUAGGACAUGCACAAGCUCGCUUCUCCGACUUACCAGAGGACCUCGUGCCAGCGUUCGUACGCAACGCCAAGAACAUCACGAGGCCCGGGAGGAAGGUACGUGAUGGGGCAAUAUUGCAGGCUAUCUUCGAUGCGAUUAAACAUCUGAAGGGAGACGUGGUGAGACCUGAGUUGUUGACAUGUUCAUUUUGUUGUGAAGAACAUCGAUCGCCGGCCUGGACGGACGAUGCAGUGAAAGACUGGAGAAGGAAAUUUGACGGGUUGGUACUUACUCAGCUUGAUAGAAAUAUCAGGGAUACAGCAGUAUUUUGUCCGGUCCUGUAUAGGCAUGGGUUCGGGAAGUUGUUUGUAUGGAAUACUAACUAUAUUAUGGUGGGGAGGGCAGAGGAGGAGGCGGAGCUACUGAGGAAGUAUAAGGAGGACUUCAAGAAGUACGGACUGGAUGGCAUCGGGACGUGGAAGCCUGAUGGCAGGUUAGGCUCGGCUUACGUAAUUCCUAAGCACAAAGAUCUGGAGCGAUGGAGACCCAUUGCUCCAACCUCAGCGGACCAGGCGGGAUUGGCACAGAAAAGAGUGGCGAAAGCUUUGCACACCUUGCUCUGCCGCCUGCCGGCACAUGAAUUGUUCUAUCUGAAUUCUAUUUCUGAGCUGGCAGAUAGGUUGAAGGCAGCUACGGAGAGGCUUAGGGCGAAAGGAUGCACUAAGAAUGAUGAUGAUGAUGAUGAUGAUGAUGAUGAUGAUGAUGAUGAUGAUGUGCACAAUGAUGAUGAUGAGGAGGAGGAAGAGGAGGAGGAGGAGGAGGAGGAGGACGAGGACGAGGACGAGGACGAGGACGAGGAUCACGAGGAUCAGGAGGACGAGGAUGAUUAUCCAUGGUCAGUGGAUAAGGAUGAUGACGAUCAUCAUGCAGAUGAUGAUAAUGAUGAUGAUGAUGACGAUGAUGAAGAUGAUAUAAUGAUGACGUCAAACAGGAUAAUGACGAUGAUAAUGAUGACAACAAUGAUGACGAUGAAUGAACGAAUGCAUGUUUUUUGUUUUCCAGAGGAUAUGAUGGCAGAGAUGGGACCUCGGAUUGCACAGGGACUCCACAUCCAGUCAAUUGAAGUUCCUUUGAUAAUGCACAAAAAGCAGCUGGUGAAGGACUAUGAGAUGUAUUUCAAAGAUGAAGUGACCAAAAAAGAAGUUUUUUAUGCGGUUCCGCCUGAGCUCUAUGAAGUCCUUCCUUCCGACGACCUAGAUGAGCAAUACAGCACGUGCGCCAUUGUGGAGGACUCUAGCUUGAUGGCAGAGAGCAAUUUCGGAAUGUUCAUUGACGAGCAUGAGGCUGUGUUCCGAAUUCACUCUGCGGCCACACACAGACUCGAGGAUGAUGUUGGGACCAAGACAACCUAUCAAAUUCUGGACCAAGUAUGGGCUGAGCAGCUUGUCAAGGGUGAGAGUGACCUGCAGAGAGUGGGAUGGUGGGUGGACGAUGCUACCUUAGUUUUGUGGUCCGCAUUAUCCCAAGACUCCUACAUCCUACUCAGACAGCUUUUCCCAACCUCAAGACCACGUCAGCAGACCACAUCAGCAGGCCACGUCAACAGGGAGUGCCACGUCAGCCACCCGGGCCUAUUUAUGCUGACGCGCUCGCAGACAGCCGUCAUGGACCAGAAACCGGGGGAAACGGCGGAGGCAUAUCAGGACCGCAUGCUAGCUUUGAUCAUAGAAGCCAAGCAGCGGGCGGAUGCAGUAGCAGCCGCAGAGAAGAAGAAGGCGGAGGAUGUCGAGCAGGCACGACUGCUAGCUCUUGAACAGGAGCGUCUGCAGGCCGAGGCAGCAGCGAAGGCUGCAGAUGAAGAACAAUUGAAGCGGCGUGAGAAGAUUUUCAGCGGGGAGCAAGCAUUACUCACAUUGGCAGCGGAAUGGCGAACUGAGGCGGAGACAAGGAAGAUGGAGAAGAGCGAGACCAAGAUUGCCCUCCUCCUCUCCCAUCUCACGGACCUCCUGGCGACAUGCAUCGCGCAGCAGGAGGACAUUCACAGCCUCGAUGCCGAAGUCAAGAGUGUUCGCAGCCGCAUACAGCAGUUGGAGCAACGACCAGCCGCCGCCCCUGUGGCAAGCUCCUCCAACACAUCAGACCGCCUGGACGCAUUGGAGAGUGACGUCAGCACACUCAAGGACGGCGCACGACUACAACAAACCGCUACUCAACAAUUGGAGCAGCGGGUCUGUGCUGCCGCCGCCAGCCCGAGUUCGGGACAGCGCGAGUCAACUCCCAAGUUUGACGGUCAGGAGAUCUUCUGCGAUUUAACAAAGACGGAUCCAAUUCAGUGGUUCCGCAAGUUUGAACUCACGUUGCAGCUGCACCUCGUCAGCGAGUGCAAGCACCACGCGUACUUAUACUCCCGGUCAGGAGGCGCAUGCCAGGCAUGGCUGGACAAUCUCUUGUCCCAGUACGGGGUGGUCGCUGCCGAGUUACACACGAAGAUCAGUUGGGAAGACCUCAAGGCGGCGUGGCACAAGCGGUUCCAAGUGGAGCCGUCGGAGAUCAAGGCCAUGGACAAGCUCAUGACCUUCGAGCAAGGCUCGCUGCCAAGCGUCGACUGGAUUGCCGAGUACCAACGCUUGACAUCCGUCCCAGGUCUCCCGAUGGGCUUCAAAGCCAUCAAGCACGACAUCAUUUCGAGGUCGUGCCCGGCGUUGAGAAACGCCUUGACGCAUGUCGAGGACACACUGACAACGAUGGCGCAACUGUUCGACAAGGCCGCACAGAUUAUCAUCACGAACAAGGAGGCGAAGAACCUCACUCGUGCUGCGGCAGGCCCGACCAAGGACCAGCAUCGUCCCAAGGUGGUCGUGGUUGUGGCGGCAUCGCCAAGCAGCCAAUCUAGCGAGGCGGAGUCUGCCAAUGAAGGAGACAGACUCGCAGCUGCCCGGGAUGACAGCGGGCUGCCCUACCAAGGGGAAGGGCAAGCAGGGAAACUGAGCGCCGCCGAGAGUGAGUCGACAACACUCUCGACGCCUUCGGAACCGGUUUCUUCGCGAGUGACCGGCCUUCAUUCCGGGGCGCAUGCGGAAGUUGACAGUCCUCUUCUCUAUUCUUUUGAGGACUAUGCUGCCCGGCUCGUUCCGGCGCUGGGAUCUUUUGCUCAAGGACAAGACGUGUGUGCGGCAUCUUCUCCGUCUAACAACGGUUCUUCUUCGUCUUCAAGUGGUUCUUCACGGGAUUCGGCGCGUGGGUUCAACAUAGAGGAAUUGGACCCGCUCAAGUCUGGGGAUUUCGCAUGGCUUCCUCUCCCGACCACGGGCUGCUUACCGGGACCGCAAUGCGCAGCACUCUGUGCCCAUCUUCACAAGUACUUGUCCUUCUAUGCACCACCAACUUCGCUAACGGAUGACGAGGUCGCGGUGGGGGACAUCUUGGCAUAUGUUACCAAGGUGGCCCGCGAGUUUCGCACGCAGCGGUACGACGACAAUAAUGCACCGCUGAUGUAUGUCCGCAUCCAAGUUGGGCAGGCGUCCUGCAGCGCUUUGCUGGAUAGCGGCGCGACUCGCAACUUCAUGAGCCAAGCUUUUAUGCAAAGGGCUGGCCUCGGCGCGCAGGUUCGGAGGAAGGCAAACCCGACGGCGAUCAAGUUGGCGGAUGGAAAGACGCAGCAACUUCUCGACCGUUACAUCGAGGCCGUACCGGUGUACUUCGCACCUCAUGCAUGCGAACCGGUCACGUUCGACAUCUUGGACACGGACUUCGAUAUCAUUCUGGGAAUGCCUUGGCUUGCAAGUGUGGAUCACACAGUCAACUUUCACCAGCGGACUCUCACCGUUCGCGACGCCUUCGGCGCCGAGGUGCCGUGUACUAUUCCUCUUCCGCACCCUUCGAUCCGGUGUCAAGUCGUAACGGCCAAAUCGUUCCGAACUACAUGUGCAUAUGAGCAACCCAAAGAGAUAGGCCUAUGUUUCUUGCGGACUAGCGCGGUAGCCGACUCUUCACCAUCGGACUUGUCUUCGGACCCCCACGUGGUACGGCUGCUUGAUGAGUUCGCCGACAUCUUCGAGUCACCUACCGGUGUGGUGCCGGAUCGGCCGAUCUCUCACGAGAUCAUUCUUGAGGCCGGUGCCAUGCCGCCGAAAGGUUGCAUCUAUCGGAUGAGCGAGGAGGAACUGGAGGUCCUUCGCGCACAACUCGACGACUUGUUGGCCAAGGGCUGGAUCCGCCCUAGUUGCUCUCCAUAUGGAGCACCAGUUCUCUUCGUAAGGAAGAAGAACAAGGAUCUACGUCUGUGCAUCGACUACUGCAAGCUCAACGCGCAAACUGUGAAAAAUGCGGGGCCUCUUCCUCGUAUCGACGAUAUUCUUGAGCGACUGGGCGGUGCUAAGUUCUUUUCCAAGUUGGACUUGAAGUCGGGGUAUCAUCAAAUUUCGAUAUGCCCGAAUGAUUGCUACAAAACCGCAUUCAAGACACGGUAUGGGCAUUUUGAGUGGGUGGUCAUGCCUUUUGGCCUCACCAAUGCCCGGACAACCUUCCAAGCGGCAAUGACCAAUGAGUUUCGUGCGAUGUUGGAUCGGUUUGUGCUGGUCUACUUAGACGACAUUCUCAUCUAUAGUCGGACCUUGGAGGAUCAUCUUGAGCAUCUUCGACGAGUGUUGGAGACGCUCCGCCGUGCCAAGUACAAAGCCAACCGCGACAAGUGUGAGUUCGUCCGGCAAGAGCUUGAGUACUUGGGUCAUUUUGUCACACCGGAGGGCAUCAGCCCCCUAUCAGAGAAAAUCCAAGCCAUCCAGGCGUGGCCGGAGCCGCGUAACGUCACGGAUGUCCGUUCGUUUCUUGGUCUUGCCGGCUACUAUCAGCGCUUCAUCAAGGGCUAUUCGAAGAUCGCGGCCCAUUUGACCAAGCUUCAAUGUGAGGAUCGGCCGUUUGACUUCGACGAGGAUGCGCGGGAAUCCUUCUUGGCUCUUAAAGCUGCACUUUUCUCAACGGAGGUCUUGCGGAUCUACGACCCGCUAUUGCCCACACGCGUCACUACUGAUGCAUCCGGCUAUGGCAUUGGUGCAGUCCUCGAACAACACGAUGGCGUGGACUGGCACCCGGUCGAGUAUUUCAGCAAGGAAGUGCCCGCCGUGCACUCUAUUGAUGAUGCACGAAAGAAGGAGUUAUUGGCAUCCGUACACGCACUCAAGCGCUGGCGGCAUUUCCUUCUCGGUCAACGGCAGUUCCGAUGGUUUGACUUUUUCCCCGAUCACAUUCCGGGCAAGUCGAACCGUUUUGCGGAUGCUCUCUCACGGCGUCCGGACCAUUGCACCGCGGUCUACUCGACGUUCAAGAUUGAUGACGACUUGCAAGACAGUUUCAUUCGCGGCUACCAGGCCGACCCCGAGUUUCGCGACAAGUACGUGAAUUGUUCCUCACCCAAUCUGGCACCUUCUCACUACCGGAUCCAUGAGGGAUAUUUGCUCGUCCACUCGCGGGGGAAGGAUCUUCUUUGCGUACCGAGUGACCCUUACUUGCGUACGCGGCUUCUUGGCGAGUUCCACGAUGCUCCCGCCACCAGACAUUUUGGCGUCAAUCGAACGAUUGACCGACUUCGCGAGCGAUUUUGGUGGCCCGGUCUUCUUGACGACGUCACACGCUACUGCGAGUCAUGUGAGAUUUGUCGGCGUUGCAAAUCCCGCAAUCAUCGUCCGUAUGGCGAGUUGCGACCACUACCGGUUCCCUUGCGCCGACGGGAGGCGAUUGCCAUGGAUAUCACUGGACCAUUCCCCAAGCACAAGACCGGUGUGGAUGGGAUUCUCACGGUAGUCGAUCGACUCACCAAGUUUGCCAUGUUUUUGCCUUGUCGCUAUCAUGCCAAGGCACCAGAAUUGGCCGAGGUUCUCUACGCCGGUUGGAUUCGAACCAAGGGUUACCCCAAGGAAAUCGUCUGCGACCGCGACACUCGGUUCAUGUUUGAGUUUUGGUUGGCACUCACCAAACGAUGGGGCUCUUCUCUCAAGCCUAGUUCAGCUCGCCACCCUCACACGGAUGGUCAGACGGAGAGGGCGCACCAGACGGCACAGGUUCUUCUUCGCACUCUCAUUCGUCCCGAUCAGAAGGAUUGGGUUGAGCGGUUGCCGGAUGUCGAAUUGGCCUACAAUUCGUCCAUCCACCCGACUAUCGGGAUGUCACCUUUCGAGUUUGAGCAUGGCUCUCCGCCCACUUCUCCGCUGGACACCAUCGUUCCACGCACGGCCGAGAGCGACGACCAUCUCCUUUUCUUGCGCCGGAUGCAAGAGCUUCUUGUCAAGGCACGCAAUCAGAUGGCAAAGACGCAGCAACGCAUGAGCCAGCAGGCCAAUCGCCAGCGUCUUCCUUGUCCAUUUCGCGCCGGCGACCUCGUGUGGGUUUCCGCCGCGGAAUUCAGCCUUGAGCAGGAUAUCUCUCGCAAGCUCCUCCCGAAAUGGAUGGGCCCAUGGCCGAUUGUAGCACCUGCUGGGGAUGCACCUGAGGGACCGUCCUUCACAGUUCAGGUGCCCGCCCACUUACCCGUCUACCCGGUUUUCCAUUGCUUCAAGUUGGUGUUGUACACACCAGCAGACCAGGAUGACUUUUUCGGGCGACGAUCUCAAGACCCACCCUCUAUGGACGGCUUUCAGGAGGUCAGUGACAUCAUUUCCCAGCGACGCUACGGCAACAAGCCGACCGAGUAUAUGGUACACUUUGCAUAUUGCACCCACCGAGCCGACCGCUGGUUGACCCGUGCGGAACGCCAAGCGACAGCUCCAGAUGUUCUCGUACGGUAUGAACGAAAGAUGCAAGGCAAGCCGGCAUCUUCGGCUCCACGCCGCAACCGCGUCCAGUAUUCUGUUCAUGUCAAGAAACCUUGUCAGUGUAGCCAGAUCGAUUGCCAAGGCCAUGAAGGACAGACACGUGGCAGAAUUCAAGGUUUUGAAAACGAUCGAUUGAAGGAUAACGGUGGUGAUGAUGACAAUGGCGAUCCAGAAGCCGAGUGGACAUCAACUUUGUACACAGUCUUCCUGGCCAUGAAGCUCUGUUCUAAAGUUGAUGUAUAUGGAGUGGAUAGCCGCCAUGGUCUGGAGAACGUCAUGCUGCUCGUGCUGCAAGCUAAUCAUCUCAUUGCUUCGGUUGUAGAGCGACAGCAACCGGAACUCCCGGAGGGAAAGGACGGGGAGGAUAAUGUCAUGGCCAACAACCCUUCUUUCCAGGACGGGCGCAAAAGGAGCCCACUUGACCAGAAUUUUCUUGGCCAGUGUCAUCUGCAGCCCUGUAUGAUCGAGUGCUCGAAGCACGGCGUUGCCAUGAAUGGAUCAUGUCAUUGUGACCCUAUUUAUUCCGGAGCUGACUGCUCGAUAGAUCGAAUGCACAUGGAGGCACAUAAGCUCCUAGAGGGGAUGGACUUCAAAUACAAAGGACCCUCAUUAACAUUAAACAAGCUCGAGGUCAAUAUGAGCAAUAUGCACGUCAAGCUCCCAUGGGGAAUCACAAGAGAGAAACUUCGAGAGGGAGAUGUGUAUAAGGUGGACAAAAACGUUUACGCAGCUCUAGCAGAUGAAGACAUGACAGAGAGAUAUGGAGCUUGUGCGAUUGUAGGAAAUAGCGGAGCACUCUUGAAUGCCGAGUACGGGCGUGAUAUAGACUCGCAUGACAUGGUUUACAGAUUUAAUCAGGCUCCAGUUCACGGGUACGAAGUGCACGUUGGUGCCAGAACCUCCUACGAGUCUUUGAAUGGCUUUUGGGUGAAGCAACUCCUUGACGAGAAAAGAGGGUACAAGUGGGAGUGGAGGUCACGUGAUUCUGGACUCGUUCUCUUUGAAAUGUUUGAGCCUUGGGCAUUCGUAUGGAAAACAAAGACGCAGAUCAUCGACAAAGACAGGUGGUGGAAAGACGCUUUUGUGAGGCUGCGCCGCCUCCAUCCAGAGAGGAAGAUAAUCACGUUGUCGCCAAAUUUUGUCUCCUGGGGUUAUCAGGUAUAUCGGGAGAUGCGGCGACGCUUUCAAAGGGGACGGCUAGGGCACUAUGAGGGGGAAAAGCCAAUGUCAGGCUUCUAUGCAUUUCUGCUCUGUUUACAGGUAUAAUAAGUAACCUUCUUUUUGUUUUGUUUUUGUGUUUUGAAAGCAACAUUACCCUCGGUGGUCCAACAUCGGUCCGCGGAGACCUCGGUCCGAUCUUGGGUCCGCAUGAUGGUUCACCCCAAACUCUGCAACUUUCCUCUUUGCCUUCACGCCUGCAUAAUGAAAGCAA